AUGCAAGUUUACAACAACAUGAGACGACAUUUCAGGAAGAUUACCAAUUUCCUAUCGAGAAAGAGGAAGAAUGGUGGAAAUACAAAUGGCGUAACAUCUUCUUCCACUGCGCUCAAAGAUACUCAUGAUCCUUUAAUCACAAUACCCGCAACCUCUGUACCACAGUCUCCUCAUUCGCAGUCUGUGCCAGAGCAGCUUGUGCCCAAGCAAGCCGCUUCCCUGGCACGCACCGGCCAUGACACAUGGGCUCUCGCGUUUGAAAUGGCUCGAGAGAGAGAGAGCAAGUCAAUGCUUGCCUAUGAGCAAUAUCUAUCCUCUCUACAAAGCGAUAGCGCAGCCUGUGGAGACUUCUCAACCCCCGAGUUCAUCAAAUCGAUUGUGGAAUGGGCGAUAGAAGAUAGAGAGAGAAAGAGGUGGCGCGUCUCACUCCUUGGUACAGAUAUCGAGCUCUGCCGAGGAUGGAAUGAUAUAAUCAACCCUGACGUAUGGGAGGAGAAGAUACAGAAUAUUCACCAACUGGAUGAUGAAUGCCGCAAUCUCCUCCAUGUUGCCAAUGCAGAUCAGAUUGAAAGAAAUUGGAAGCAACAGCUGCUGGAGAUGCAAGAGUCACGGAUUUUGCUCAAUAGAAUCCACGGUACCCUCAUGGAAAGCGAAUCAGAGGCCCAAAAGAGCUACAAAGACCAGAAAGAGAAAGGCCUCCUUCAAGCUCUCGCGUCCGAUUACGAAGGUCACAAAGACUUCACUCCACGCAAGGUGGACGGAACUUGUGAAUGGUUUUUUACUGAAGAAUGA